CUGACACGAUAAGAAGUAAUGUUGAGAAAGCUGCAGACGCCACUUAUUCAGAAACCAUGUGGACCGAAGAGAACAAGGCCGUCGACAUAAAUCAACAUGACGCAGACCAGAAAAAAAACAAGAAGGAGGAGACAAAGGAAAAAAUCAAUUUCACGCAGAACGUUACCGACGUGCAGGAGACGAGGGAACAAUUACUGCGACGAGGACACAAAGGAAUAUUCACUAUGAACCCGGAGGCUAAGAUGGAGAAUGUCACAACUUUGAAGGCAUCUUUUGCACCUCCUAGAAGUCCAGGAGUGAGACUGCGGGGCAUUAGGUCAGAGCUUUUGGAAAGAAGAAUUGCCCAGAUAGUAAGAGACAAUAUUCAAGCAGAAAGGAACCCACCACUACCCCAAACGGACUUUAACACUGUCACUCAGAGGGACUUUCGAGUGAACGGUUUUAUCCCCCAGAUUACUCAAAACUCACAUCUUCACGAUUAUAAAACUGAACAGGCUAUCAGCUACUGGAGUGAUAACUUUCAGCAGAUACAGGGUGUGAGUUCAGUAGAGAGCCCAAAUACUCCUUUCAGGAAGUGUGCCCAGUUUUCAACACCCAUCUCUGAGCAACGCCGAGAUAUUGAAGCCAUCUUUGAAGCCACCAUUGAGUAAUUGUCUUCAUUUUGAAUAACUUUACAGCCGAAUGUGCUAGAAAGUUUGCACUGCAUGAAUAUCUAGACCAGACUCUAGUUACUACACUCUAGUACUGCAUUAUUGUGUUUUCUUGUCCUGGGAGCUGACCUGACACAUCAACAUCAAAACAAAGUAAAGUCAAUUCCUUCACUCCAUCACA